CCUCGUCCCGCCCCGGCGGAGACUGGCGGCUGUUCCGCGGCAGAUGCGCAGCCCCGCCGCGACAUGGCCAGCCGCCGUCUCCUGGGGCUCCUCCUCGCCUUCGCCGCGCUGCUGGGCGCAGGUCAUGGGGACGACUCAGCUGACUUAAACCUAGAAGAUGCCCUCCUUGACAUUGUCACCAAGCGACCCACUCCCAAAGGCCCCAAGAAGCCAGCAGGUGGGACAGGCUUUGAUUUGGCUGAUUACUUUGACACCCCUGUGGAGACUACCACCAAACCACCCAAGCCAACUCCAAAGCCCUUCCCCAGGCCAGGCAAGCCAGACAACUUUUGGGAUGGCAUCCACAGCACCACAACCAGGCAGCCAAAAACUACAAGGGCUCCCCCCAAGUAUAACCCAGGAAAGGAUCCUAUGGAUUUUGACCUGGCUGAUGCCCUUGAUGAUAAAAACGAUGGGAAAGAUGCUGGGAGAUCGAAUGUAAAGCCAGGUGAAGCCUUUUCAGACAGUGACCUGGAGGACAUCGUGGAUGGCGGCUACAGCCCGGACAAGAAGAAGGGUGAUGGGGGUAGCACAGACAACAACUACGGAGGCACAGCGGUGGAGACAGGGACGAUCGCCGGCAUUGCCAGCGGCCUGGCCAUGGCGCUCAUCGGGGCUGUCUCCAGCUACAUCUCCUACCAGCAGAAGAAGUUCUGCUUCAGCAUCCAGCAGGGACUUAAUGCAGAAUAUGUGAAAGGAGAAAACAUGGAAGCUGUUGUGAGCGAGGAACCCCAAGUUAAAUAUUCAGUACUGCAAACACAGUCAGCAGAACCACCAAAACAAGACAGUGGAAAGAUGUAAAAGCAUGGCCUGGGGCUAGAAAGGAAUCAGUCAGCGGCAAACGGAGAUCUUACACGCUUGUAAUUUAGCUUAUUAUUUAAUUUGACUCCAAAGCUAUUCAAUGUGUACUAAGGCUUGAACUGGCUUCUUACUGCUCUAGGCUUUAGGGUUAGAGUGGUAGCAUUUGUGUAUUUUUUUGUAAAGAGGUAUUAUGUUUACAGCAAAGUCAUAGUGUAGGUUUAACAUCCAGUUGUAUGCAAACCAAACAGAAGGUGCUUCAGUAGUGGUCAGUUUUAAUUAAGGGACAAGGUCUUUCUUGAGGAGUUGAAGAGCUUACAGGAUUGAGGACAGUGAAGUGCCUGUACAUAGCAACCCAAAGCCAACCAUGCAAAGACUCUUGCUCCCACAAUCCAGGAGGAAAUGAUCAACGACCUAUUGUGCCUCUGAGAUGUGCACAAGUCUAUGGGACUGGAUGGGAUCCACCAGAGGGUUCUUAAGGAGCUGGCAGAUGUGCUCACCAAGCUACUCCUGAUGAUUUGUCAACAGUCCUGGCUAACUGGGCAGGUUCCAGCUGACUGAAGGCUAGCUAAUGUGACAGCCAUUGACAAGAAGGGCUGAAAGGAUGAUCCAGGGAACUACAGGCAUGUCAGUCUGAGCUGGGUGCCAGGAAAGGACAACAAGGCAACACACCUAGUGGAUGAGGGAAGUGCCAUGAACAUUGUCUACCUGGACUUUAGUAAAACCUUUGACAUUGUCUACCCGCGUCGUCGCUGAAAUGAAAACUCUGUGUUUGGAUGCUUUCAAGGGCAGGUUCA